CUCUAAUUCCCACAUUACCCUUUAUCAUCCCUUCAAAUUACGUCUCUCUCUCACUCGCAACAAGUCUCUCUCUCUCUAAGCUCUCCAUCAAUGGCUUCUCUUCCUCUCAAACUCGUCUCUCCACUCUCUCUCCUCCUACUCCUCCUCACCCUUUUCUCACAAACCCAUCUCUCUUUCUCCCUCAGACUCUCAAAACUCAGUCUCAACAACCUUCUAUCCACCAUCACAGCCACAGAAACAACCGCAGACGUCCAUGACCUCCUCCCUCACUAUGGCCUCCCAAAGGGUCUCAUCCCAAACAACGUCGACUCCUUCACUCUCUCUGAUGAUGGAACUUUCACUCUCCAGCUCUCUAGCCCAUGUUACGUCCAGUUUGACCAGUUGGUUUACUAUGACAAGAAAAUCUCUGGAAAGCUCAGCUAUGGCUCAGUGUCCAGUGUUUCUGGGAUUCAAGCCAAAAAGUUGUUCCUUUGGGUCUCCGUCACUGGAAUUCAGGCUGACAAGGAUUCUGAUAUGAUUGAGUUCUAUGUUGGUUCUUUGUCCGAGAAACUGCCAGCUAAGCAGUUUGAGGAUGUUCCUGUUUGUAAGACCAAGGCUUGUACUGGUACUACUUCAGCCACCAACUCUGAGUCAAUCUAAGGUGAAGAGAACCUUUACAUCUCGAUGCACCACCUGCUCUCUAAGCUCUCCAAGUUCAGGCAUAUGAUGGGGCAACAUAAGCACAUAUGUAUAUAGAUUUGUCUGUUUUCAUUUGUUGAAGUGAACUGUGCAAUUGUUUCUGUGACUACUGAGGUUGAUCUAUAAAUAGAUCUCCUCUGAGAUCAAUUAUGAAAAUACUAUACUUGGUUUUAAUAUUCUAGUUAUAAGGCA